CCUUUGAAAACAGUGGUUCAAACAUCCCAACCGUUGGAUCACAAAAAUCAACGGCUGAAACUUUGCUUCAGAUCAAACAGUUAGAAUCAGAAGGGCAUCAAAGUAAUUUAACAAAACUGGGAAUCGAGAGCUUAACUAUGAUGUCGUGUCCACCAGAUAAACAUACCUGCCGUUUUAGCUUCCCUAUCCCUUUAGGCCUUUACUUCCCCCCUUCCCAGCCAUUCCAGCCUAGUACUAGUACAUUUUUCUCCCGCCUUUCAAUCUCUAUAGUUUUUUUUAAGUUCAAAAUUAUUCAAGUUUCUACCCCUUGAUCAAGAUUGCUAGAGUUUGUAGUAAUGGAUCUGGUGGAAGUAAAGAGAUCAGAAGUAGAGGACGUGAAUAGUAUUAACAAGGUGAAAUCUUGUAGUGGAUGUCAUACCACAAGAACCCCUCUAUGGAGAAGUGGUCCAUCAGGCCCCAAGUCAUUGUGUAACGCAUGUGGGAUCAAGUACAACAAGAAGAGGAGGCAAAUUUUGGGACUUGAUAAGGGUGAGAAGAAGAAGAAGAAGAAAAUUAGUGAAGAUAAAAACAAUAGAAAAAGUGGAAUGUCAUUGAAAAUGAAGUUGAUGGCAUUGGGAGGCAAAUUAAGAGAAGAGGAGGAAGCGGCGAUACUGUUGAUGGCUCUUUCAUGUGGAUCCUUUGACAAAUUACUAUUCUAACCCCUUGUAAUUCUUACUAAUUAAUUGACCCAUUUUGAUUGAGUUUUUUAUUUUAUUGAGUUUUAGUUGUAAUGUCUAAUGAGUUAAGUAGUAGAGAAGAAUGAAUCAAUGUAGUAAAAUCUUGCGUUUUAAAUUUGUUCUUUGUGUUUUUGAAUCUUGAAUUUGAUUCAAAUUUUGAUUUUUGGAA